AUGAAGAAGAACAAGCAGAAGAUACGAGGCAUGUUCGCAUGGUUCGAGCUGGUGUUGACCGCGGCGUCGCCUACAUGGAUCGACUACGCCCUGCUGGCAGGCGGCUUCUUGUGCGCAGCCGGCGCUGGUGUGCCAUUCCCCCUGAUGGGUGUCCUGUUCGGAGAACUGAUAGACGACUUCAACUCGGCAACAUGCGCGGCGUCCCAAGAUGUUGACGCCUUUGCCUACCAGGAGGCCAUCAACGAGAAAGUGAUUCAGACUGCCUGGAUCGGAGCCAUCGCGUUGGUGCUCAUAUACGGACACCUGACGUGCUGGAACAUGGUCUCCCAGCGUCUGGCACAGCGCCUUCGAGCACAAUACGUGGCUGCUCUACUACGGCAACCACCCGGGUUCUUUGAUGUUGUUGGCGACGCAGCUUCUGGGCGAGUGUCAGGUCGGCUUCAAGGUGAUAUCACAGCUGUGCAGGCCGGCACGAGCGAGAAGGUCGGCAACAUUAUUACCACGCUCUCCUUCUUCAUCACUGUGCUUGUCCUUGCCUUCAUGCGUCAGCCCGCGCUGGCCGGCAUGCUGCUGGCGGCAACACUUCCAGCCUUGUUGCUUUCGGGCCAGAUCAACGGACAUUAUAUUGCAAAGCUGGUGGGCCAGUCCACUGUCGCCUCCUCCGCCGCUGCGUCCAUUGCCUCGGAGGCCCUAGAGCACGUCGAGGUCGUGCAAUCUUUUGGUGCCGCGCCUCGCCUCGUCGCCUCCUUUGCGGGCCACAUGGCCCGGGCCCGAGACGCUUCUGUAUCCAAGGCCGCCUUUGCUGCCGUGCAGACGGGAUCGCUCUAUUUCGUCUCGUACUGUGCCAACGCCCUGGCCUUUUGGCAGGGCAGCAUCUUGAUUGCCGCCGUCUUCGAGGGAUCCUCCUCCAAUAACGCCAUGGACGCUUGUGUGAUGCUUGGCGGUAUCGCCCCAUCCAUGCCUUUCCUGAGCGCCGCAGUUGCCGCCUACGGCCGUCUCAAGGAGGACAUGGACGCACCGUCGACAAUUGACGGCACUUUAUCAUCGGGGAAGACCCUCGAACCUUCGACCUCAUCCCGGGGUAGGGCCAUUACCCUUCGCAAUGUCUCCUUCGAAUACGCCUCCCGUCCUGGCCAGCCAGCCCUAUCGAACGUCAACCUCGAGCUUGAGCGCGGGACAUAUACAGCCGUCGUGGGAUUAUCAGGAAGCGGAAAAUCCACCCUCGCCUCGCUCCUCGCGCGCCUACACGACCCGACCGAGGGCACUGUCGAGCUCGACGGCCAUGACAUGCGCGAGCUUAACGUACGCUCGCUGAGGAGCACUCUCGGUGUUGUUCACCAGGACUGCCAACUGCUGGACCGAUCCAUCCUCGAGAAUAUCGCCCUGGGCCUGGUCAACAGCCCUCGACCCCAACAUAAGUCCCUGAAGCCCUUCCUCGUGCACAGCCAUCUUGAUCGCCUGGCCAAGGCCGCGGCGGAGUCUAGAAUAUCAGGCAUUGUGGACCUGGACGCCGCUGUCAGUGCCCAUAACUUGGGCCCCGAGCUUGCCGAGAUCGCCCGCCUGGUCCGCGAUGCUGCAGAGCAGGCCGACGCAGCCGAGUUCAUCUCACGCCUGGACCACGGCUACGGAACACCUGCGGGGAUAGGUGGUGCCUCCCUGAGCGGCGGGCAGCGGCAGCGCAUCGCUGUCGCGCGCGCCCUAAUCCGUGAUCCGGACGUACUUCUCCUGGACGAGGCCACGGCGUCGCUCGACUCGGCCAGCGAGAAGCGUAUCAUGGACCGUCUAGAUGCCACGUACCAGGCUACGCCGCCGGACCAGCGGCGCACCGUCAUCGCAAUCGCACAUCGCCUCAGCACUAUUCGCAACGCCGACCGCAUCGUCGUCAUGCAGGCUGGCCGCGUUAUCGAGCAGGGUACCUACGAUGAGCUCAUGGCCAGGGGCCCGGAGCCGAGCGAGUUUUCUCGUAUGGUCAAGCUACAGACUGGUAACGGAGAAGCUGGUCAUGAUGAGGCCGUUGAGAAUGACGAGGAGCACAACGAGAAAAAGCCAUACGCCUCUUCGAAGGUCACCGCCAGCCAGGAGGACCUGGGGACGGAUUCUUCUCCUCCCUCCCCCUCGCCACCGGCCGCAUCGAGCCAACUAUCGAUAGCACAGAACAACGAUGGCAAACAAGAGGAACAAAGAGGCACUCCCGUGUUCAAGGGUCUAUUCUAUCUUAUCCGGCCCAAUCUGGGCUGGUUCAUCCUUGCCCUCAUCGCCGCCUUCAUUGUUGGCUCGACCUUCUCCGCCCAAGGUGUUAUAUUCGGCUUCACCGUGGGUGAGCUGAACCCAUGUGCCGCCGGCGCCACCGGAGACUCCCUUCGCUCCGUUGGCAAAAUGUUCGGAGGUCUCUUCUUUAUGCUAGCUUGCGUCGAGCUGCUCGCUAACUUCUUCACCUGGUGGGGCUUCGGUAUCGUGGCAGAGCGCCUCCUGUACCACCUGCGUGUGCUCGCCCUGCGUGCUCUUCUAGACAGAGAUAUUCUCACCUUCCACCAGGCCCCAGGACAGAGUCCCUCAGGCCUGCUGAGCAUCAUCACCGCCGACGCGGUGGCGGUCGGGGCCUUCUCCGGGUCGACGUUCGGCACCGUUCUCGGCGUGCUAGUCAACAUGGUCGUUGCCAUCGUGCUCUCGCUCUGCUUCGCAUGGAAGAUCGCCCUCGUCUGCAUGGUCACGGUUCCAAUCCUACUGGGGAGUGGGUUCAUGCAGCUACGAAUGCUGGCGCGCUACGAGGAGCGGCACCGGGGAGCAUUCGCGACCGCAACCACGCUCGCGACAGAGGCUAUCCAGUCUAUCCGCACGGUUGCUGUGCUCUCGCUCGAGCAUGAGUAUAUGGACGAGUAUCAGCGGCUUGUACGUGGCCCGAAGAAGCAGGCCGUCCGUAAUGCCGUGUCGACCAACAUCUGGCUCGCUCUCAGCUACUCGUGUGGCAUAUUCGUCAAUGCUCUCGCGUACUGGUGGGGCUCUCAGCAGAUCAUGAAGGGCGAAUAUACCCAGACCGACUUCUUGAUCAUCCUCGUUGCCAUGCUCACGAGUGCCCAGCUGUGGAGCAGCAUGUUUGCCCUGGCGCCAGAGUUCUCUCGUGCAAGACUGGCACUGGGGAGAGUCAUGAGUGCCAUAGACAAGGAAGCCAUCAUGGAUGUCUCGAAAAGACACGGCCGCAGCCACGAUGAUGUCGAAGGAGCUGCCGGUGAUUCCAAAGCCAUUGUUCCUCCACAACAAGCCAAUGAGGGAGGAAAUGGCGCAGGUGUCACAUUCACCAACGUGUCCUUCGCCUACCCCUCGCGCCCAGAAAAGACAAUACUCGACAAUAUCUCCUUCACCCUCCCGCCUAACAAAUUCUGCGGCCUAGUCGGGCCCUCAGGCGCAGGCAAGUCAACCAUAAUGAGCCUCGCCCAGCGUCUCUACCACCCGACAUCAGGCACCAUCGCCAUCGACGGCGCCGACAUCUCUGCCCACGCCGACCCCAACACCUUCCGCUCAUCGAUUGCCCUCGUGCCGCAGGUACCCGCCCUCUUCGACGGCACGAUCCGCUUCAACGUCGCCCUAGGCGCCAGCCCGGGCUCGCCGACCCCUUCGGACGCCGAGAUCGAGGCCGCCUGCCGCACGGCAAACAUCCACGACGACAUCGUCGGCUUCCCGGAUGGUUAUGACACCGAAGUUGGCAGCAGCGGCGGCGGGGCGGGGGCGAGACUGUCGGGCGGCCAGCGCCAGCGCAUAGCAAUCGCGCGGGCGCUGGUCCGCCGUCCGCGGCUGCUGCUCCUCGACGAGAGCACUUCAGCCCUGGACGCGCAGAGCGAAGCGGUGCUGCAGGAGGGGCUGGACAGGGCUGCGGUGGGCACCACGGUGCUGGCUAUCACACACCGGCUGCGGACAGUGCAGAAGGCGGAUGUGAUCCUUGUUAUUGAGGGGGGCCGUAUUGUGGAUCAGGGCACACACGCUGAAUUGAUGGAGAGGAGAGAGAGUUAUCGCGUUAAUGCCAUGCAGCAGAUGUUGCAGUGA